AUGUCAUCGUCCAGGGACGACGCCUGGAUGGGGCUCGCCCUUGAGGAGCUGCUGAACGGUCUCCAGAUGGGGCAUCGCCCCCAACCUUCACCCCUCACGCCACUCAGUGUGGCCGGAAUCCGCAGACGAAUCCCGUCCGCGGAGCAGGUAGACGUCCCGCCGGAUCACCGCUUCGGCCCAAUACGGGUGGACACCACCCCGCCACGACCACGGCCAGCCGAGGCCGCCCGCACGCCUGCCGACCAGGGCAAGCAGCCAAACACGGAUCAGGGGCCGCCGCCUUUGGUCCCGCUACACACGACCCGGGCUCCAUCAACUCAGACCACCCAGAAGCAGACCACAGGAGGGAGGCCAUCACCACGGGCAGCGCCACAGACAGCCGGCCCGUCGACGCGUCCGCACACUGGCCAGUUGUCCACGACGCCUACCGGCAACCAGGGGCAGCCCCCACGGGCAGCACCUCGAGCAACCGCUCCAUCAACGCGCCCGCACACCGGCCGGGCCGCCACGACAACGUCUACCGGCCACGUCACCCCAUCACCACGAGCGACGCCGCGAGCUGCCCUCGCUUCGGCACGCGCACGCACCGGCCCGACCCCUACAGCGCCUGGGACACGCGCAGUCCAGGCCAUAGCACCGCUGGUCCCGUCAGGGGCUCCAGCGGCACCGGACCCAGACGUCGAGGUGGAAGCGGCGCUACGAGAGUGCCUUGGCGACCUUCCACCCGACAUACUGGAGGAGAUGGCCCGCGGGGCAGAAGGAUUAGAUCUGGAGGACCUCUUCGGGGAGUCCCCCGACGAGGACGGGGUAGAGCUCCCAACGCGCCCUGCCUCCAAUCAAUCCACCGACGAGCCAAGGACCCCGUCACCUCAAAUCCAGCCGGACUAUGAGGAGAUCUCCAGCGACGAGGGAGUGGCGGCCGAGAUCAUCCAGAUCUCAGACUCCGACGACGCCGAGCCAAGCUUCAGACCGCCGGGCACCCCGCCUCCGGCGUACGAGGAUAUUUUCGGGCCAGGCCCUUACGCUACCAGCUGCCCGAUACCCACUUGCGCGGCCUCAACGCCGAGCCAGUCACCGCCAACCACGUCACUGGCCCGACGCAGGGCCGAGGAGCUGAGUGACGAGCUGGGCUCGUCUUCCGCCGGGCCGGUUCAGCCAACAAACCCGGAGCCACGUUCGGCCAGGGACCGGCCACCCACACCAGCACCAGCACGCCGAGGCCGCCGACGGAGCGCGCCCUGGGCGGAUAGUCCCAGCGGAUCCUCGUCCGAGGAGGAGUUACCACGCGAUCGCCAGGGUCACGCCCGCUGGCUACCAGUUCCCGACGGCUGGAGCACGCCCAACGGCACGCUACCCGCCGGGCUCAUCCGGAGGAUCCAGCAGCGACUCCUAAUCGCCAGACGGAGGGCCCGGCGCUAUCUAGAGGAGGAGCAGGGUCAGCGAUUCCGGGUGCAGUUGAAUCGGGACGACCACGUCCGGGUCUUCCUACACCCCACCCGGAAGUGA